AUGAAUGAAGAGCAGCUACAAUAAUGUUCAAAUCUGAAAGAAGGAAAUGAGUCGAGCGAAUAGCAGUAAGAACCAUAACCAUAAUAAUAAAUUGCAGCUAAUGUCACUCCGAAAAACGAAAAAAAGGAAGAGAGCUCAAAUAAUGAAUCGAAUGGCGAGAAAACAUUUUAUUUACAUAAGCUGAAGAAGAAAGUUAACUUAAACAUAAAGAUUCCAAACCAACAAAAAAAUGAAGACUAUGCGGACUUAACCAAUGGAACACUCUUCAAUGGAAAUGUUAUUAUCGACAAAGAGGGCGUUAAAGGAUUGGAGUAAUAAUAGCAUUAGAAUAAAGACAGCAAUGAUAAAAACAAUCAAAAGUAGAAUGUAGAGUAAAAGAACGCAUAGGAUUAAAAGCAAUAAACGAAUUAAUCGUAAAUUUAAACAGAUCAUAAUAAUAAUAAUUAAAAUAGUUAAAAUGGAAAUUAGUAGCAAGGAUCUAGAUUAAAUUCUGGAAAUAUAGCAAUUAUUAAUAGUAAAACAAAAUAAGUAAUAACUAAAGCUAACAUUACACAAAAUAAUUUAGCUAAUUCGAAUGUAACAUAUAAAACUCCGUAAGAUUAGAUGAAAGAUAAGUAGGCGAGUUAAGAUUCUGCUGAAAAUCAAUAUAUUGAAAUUAAUGGAAAUCACUUACUUAUUUCUGAGUUACGGAGAGUAAAAGUGCUAGGACAUGGAUCUUCUGGUUUAGUUGAAUUAGCUGUUCAUGAUGCAACUGGGAUUGUUAUAGGAAUAAAAAGUAUACCCUUGCUUAUGAAUUCAUCAUUUAGAAAAUAAUUAGACUAAGAACUUAAAACUCUUAUAUAAUGCGAAUCAGAUAGUAUCGUAAAAUGUUAUGGUGCUUAUAUACAAAAAUGCAUGAUAAAUAUUACCUUAGAAUAUAUGGAUUUAGGUACUGUACAUGAUUUAGUCAAAAAAGUAGGGCCUUUACCAGAAAUUAUAGUAGCUAUAAUGGCAAUUUAGGUGCUCAAAGGUUUAGAUUAUAUUCAUAACAAAGCUAAGGUAAUACAUAGAGAUAUUAAGCCGUCUAAUUUAUUGGUAAAUAGCAAAGGUUAAGUUAAAAUUGCAGAUUUUGGAGUAUCGGCAAACCUGGAGAGUGCUGUUGAAGUAAAAAAUUGGGUAGGAACAGUUACAUAUAUGUCUCCUGAAAGGUUUAGAGGAUAAGCUUAUACUGCAAAUACAGAUAUUUGGUCUCUAGGUUUGACUAUAUGUGAAUGUGCUCUAGGUACAUAUCCAUAUUUUGAUUCAAAUUAAUAUGAAAAAAAAGAAAAUCUUUCCUUUUGGGAAUUGCUGGAGUAUUUCAACAUGAAACCUGCACCUCGUUUACCUGAAAAUUACUCUGAAGAAAUGAAAGAUUUUGUAGCAAAAUGCUUUAAAAAAUCUCCUUUAGAUCGUCCUCAUUCUCAUGAUUUACUAAAUCAUGAAAUGGUUAAAAAAUUCUCAUAGUAUGACUCUUCUUAUUUUGAAGAAUGGAUUACUAAAAAUAAUUUGAAACCUGCUUAGGAUAAGUAUGAGCCUGCGCCUGUUGUUUCAACUGUUUAAAAUACUCCGUAUUUUUCUCAUCAAAACCCACCUAACUAAACUUAGUAGACAUCAAAUUAAUCUUACUAACAAAUAAAAAAUCAUGAUCAAAUUAAUCUCAAUUAGUAACAUAAUCAAUAAAAUUAGAAUGGAAGUAUUCAAGUUUAGCAAGGACAAAACAAUUUAAGCAUUUAAUAACUUAAUUCAACUUUUCGGAAAAAUAGCUAGGUGUAAAAUUAAUAAAAUCCAGUCCAACAACAACAAUAACAACAAUAAUAAUAAUAAUUAUAACAAAAUAUAAAUCAAUCUAAUAUCUAGCAAUAAAUAGUUUAAUAAUAAGUAAAUUCUUAAUCAUAAUAGCAAGUUUAAAACUUGAUAGCUUUAUAAUAGAAUUAAUAAUAAUAAUAAUAAUAAUAGUAGAUAUAACAGCAACAGUAAUAGAUGAGCUCAUAAGCAUUAAAUUCAUAAUAGUUGCAUAUUAAUACUAACUUAGCAAAUCAGAAUAAAAGCAAUAAUAACAGUAUUUAUCAGAUUUCCCCUACUAUUCAUACUUUUAGACCAAACUAAGAAUAAGAAAGUGAGAAUGCGCAGGAAGUUGACGAAUUUAUAAAUGAUCCUAAUGAGUUUUAUGGACCUAGUGAUAAUAAAACUAAAGGCAUUGUACAUCAGAGGAUUUCUAGUCUUUCAGAUAAGCUAGCUCCUGCUGCUCCAACAGCAGCCACCAAUACUUCAAAUAGCAGGAAAUCAAGUUAAAUACUAAACUGCAAUUUUUAAGAGAUGACAAUAACAUCGAAUGAGAUAGUGGAUUCUAUAAAUUCUCCUUUACCUAUAGAAACUAGCAUAUAAAAUCCUUAGAUUCCUAAUCAAUAGCAAAAUUCAAAUUCUAGAAUCAAAUAAUUCUAAAUUAAGAACCCAACAAAUUUAAAUAUUCAACAAAUAAAUUAAGAUAAUUUAUAAAGAUCAAAUUAAUCUUAAAUCAUAACUCAGCAAGAUUAAAAUUAGUAAAAUGCUUCUUAAAAUUAACCUAUUAUACAAAAAUAAAACAUAGGUCAUCAUUAUUCUGCAUCUAUUAGCAUAGGACAGCAAUAAAGGAAUAGUAAUACUCCGAGAACAUCUCUUUAAUAUGUUAAUAAUGGUGUUCAGAUGGUAUAGGUAGGAUAUGAUAGAAUGAAUAAUUCAAUAGGUGUAAGCUAAAUUGUUUCACCAUAAUCAUAGCUAAACUCACAAAAAGUAUCUCCUAGCCAAGCAGCUGAACAAUUUUAACAGACUGCUUCAAAUUAAAUGCAUGGCAACUUGAACUCAAAUUAAAGUUAAAGUGUCUAUUUAUAAUAGUAGCACAUUUUACAACAGCAACAGUUUUAGCUCAAUUUGCAAAAAAUAGAAUAAGUAACUGGAGGCGCUUCAUAAAAUAACACCCCUAAAUUAAUUACCCCUCUAGCAUCUUCUUCUAUAAACAAUAAUAUUUAACAAGCUUAAAACAACUACUAGAUAAAUAACUAGGCUUAAAACAUAGAUAAUGUAGUACAAAUAAAUCCUAAUUAAUAAUAAAAAUUUUCUGUUCCAGACGCAUAGUAAAAUUAGUAGCUUUAAAUUUAGUAACAGCAGCUGCAAAUUUCUUAAUAGCAAAAUAAGUAUUUUUCUUCUUAAAAUGCUUAGAUAAGGAAAUAGUCUUCUCUAUAGAUUAAUAUGGCUCCUUAAUCAAAUUAACUUGCUCAAACUAAGGCAAAUAAUUUGAAUUCUUAACCUGCAUUAGAGUUGAAUGAGGCCAAUUUGUAGUAAAUUUAGUCAGAAUAUUAUGAAAGCAUUAACAACUAAUAUGACAUUGCAUUGAUAUAAGGUGUUAAUGGCAAUUUAAUCGCCAAUUAAAUUUAAGAAAUUGGUUAGUUACAAAAUUAGUAAUAUUAACAAUAACCCUAAUAAAUUUAAUAUUAGCAAAUUAACAACUAUAGUUUACCACCAAAACCACUUUCAAAUUAAAAAAUUAAUACUCCAAGCAAUUAAGCACAUUCUCUAAGCAUUUAAAAAUAGAAUUCAGUAGGAUCAGCUGUAAACCAACAGGUUUAUCAAAAUUAAAUUAAUCAAAAGAUCAUUUAAAAUUAAAAUGCAGCAAACUUGCAUUAAUAAUAGUUAAUAGUUUAAUAAAAUAUUUAAUAACAAUAAUAAUUAAUAUCAAAUUAGUUACAAUAAUAAAACUCACCUGAUUACUCUAACCAAUUCAACUAAAUACAAUAUUAGCAACAAAAUUAAGGGAUGUAAUAAUUUUAAAAUAUGGUAAACAAAAUAAAUUAAUAGCAAAUUGUUGUCAGCUAACAAUUAAUUUAAAGCCAAAAUAUGGCGUUUUAUUAAUAGUCUUAGAAUCUUACAAAUUACAAUCCUUCAGUAAGAAAUAUAAUAUAGUCAGAAGACUUAUAAACUGAAGUUCAUAAAAGAAUAGAAGAAGACCACUUGAAAUUAAAAUAGCUGAUAACUAAUGAUUUUUCAUAAAAAUUUGUUGAUAAUUUGCUAAAUAGCCUUUAAAUUAGAGUUAAACAAAAAAUUUUUGAACAAUUGUCAAGUUUAAUUGAAAAAGAGUAUUAAAUAGAAUUCUAAGUAUUGAUGAAUAAUAUAACAAACCAAUUAUUUUAACCACCUUAAAUCUAAUAAUAAUAAUAAUAAUAAAUAAUCUAACAAAAUGCUUAAACACAGAGUAAUUAGUCUUAUCAAUUUCCUCCUGCUUUCAUUAACUAGCCAAGCAAUGCUUUUCCUCAGCAAUAAUAAGUUGUAAAAAAUAAUUUUUAUUUUUAAUAAUUCUGUUCUUAACUUUUAUUAUUGUAGCAAUUAUAAUAGGUAACUCAAAUGCAAGCUAACCCUUAACUUAAUAUAAAUGGACCUCUUAUAGUAAAUGGUCCUGAAUAGAUACCUUAGUAGGUUUAGUAAAUCCCAAAUAAUGCAGCAGCUACUGCAAUUAGAAUUAACACAAACUUGCCUUAGGAUAAAAAUUCUAAUACUUAAAAUUCAACACCCCUCUCAUAUAAAUCAGGAUCUCCAAAAUAAAAUAACAGUAGUCCAAUCACCAUAAACUAAAAUAACAAUCUUAGCAAGUAAAUAGCAAGCUAGAAGCAAAAUGAGAUGCAAGCUCCUUAAAAUUAAUAGUUUUAGUAAAUAAAUUAAGCAAAUUAAUCUACUUAAGAUCAAAAAGCUGUUAAUAAUAAUUUAAGUAUAAACUAAAUUUAAAGUAAUACUAAUUAGAUUACUUCUAAUAACCAUGACGAAUUAAACGCAUAAUAAAAACUUGUGCCUCAAAGUUAAAAUGCUCGCUAAGUUUAGUAACCUCUACCAAUUGAUAUUGUGACAACACAAGAGCAAUAAUAAACUUAGCAAUAAUCAAUUUAGUAAUAGUAGUUGUUACUAUAACAAUAACAAUAGUAAUUUAUGACUUAAAGCUAAGAUGUUUUUGCUCGUGAAAGGACUAAGUAAUUUUCUUAAACUCCAUAAAACUAAGCUACUCAGAAUGUUAAUAAGAAUGGAAGCUACACAACAUCUCAUCAACAAUAGGUAUAAUAGUAAAAAGCUCCUAGUUAAUUUAAUAAAAAUGCAACAAUUUCAGAUGACCCAAAUAAAGCCACUGACUUUGAGCUUAGUAAAGCUAUCCAAAAAUAACUUGGUGAGUAGAAAAGUACCCUUAACUAACCCCAUACACAGCAACAAAAGCAGUAAGCAAAUUAAGUUAAAGAAAAUGACUUACAAUUUUAAGAUUAAAUAGACUUGUAAGAUAAUAGUUCAGGUGCUCAUCCACAUGCUGCCACCACAUGCCCUCAUUAAGCUACUAUAAAUUAAUUGCAAUAAUCUUCAAAUAAUCCUCCUUAGAUUGUGAACAACCCUAAUUCCUCUAAAUCUAAACUUGCACACUAAGGUAGUAAUAAUAUAGAAAAUACUAAUAAUUUUAACAACAUUUAACAUGGAUAAUAAAUAAAUAUACUGAAUGAUGAAGUAAACGAUACUGAAAUAUCAGUUUCAAAUAACAUAUCGAAUGAUACUUCACCAAUCAAUGAUGAGGAGUUAUUACCAAACCCUGUGCUUAAACAGAAUUACAUUAGUACUUCUGCUUAAAAUUCUUAAAACGAUCAUAAUUUAUAGUAAAUAGUAGCUGGUAAUGGAAAUUAAAGUUAAAGCUAAAGUAAUAUAAACGUAAAUAUCGUAGGUUUACCAAAAAGACUUACGAGAGAAAGUAUAAUAAUAAAUAAUCCCUAGUAAUAGGCUGAAUUAGCAUAAAAUAUCAAUCAACAACAGCCUGCAGCUGCAAGCUAAGGUUAGAUUCCAUAAUAAACUGUUAAUUAAAAAGUUAUUCCAGUUUCACCAAAUUUCAAUAGCGAAGAAGCUGAAACAUCAAAGAAAAAGCCUUAAUUUGCAGAUGGAACAAAAGUUGUAAUAAAUAUUCAAGAGUAGAAUUAGAUUAAGAAAAAGUGA